GAUACAGUUGCCUCUUACAAGACGAAUCUCAUUGUGAUGUUCAGCAGACAGAGCUCAGCCUCAUAUGUCUCUGUAGUCAGCAGUUCUCCCAGUUGCUAUUAUGUGUACCAUUCUUUCCUUUCUGCACUAGAGGGAAGUGCUUGGCAAUUACUGAGAAGAGAUAUCACCUGUUUGUGAACCAGUUGGUUGGACAUACAUCAGGUUUACCUCUGCAAGGUGGAGUAUUGCAGGUGUUCAGAGGAAAGAUUGUUGUGACCACUUCAGGACAUAGAGCUGUACCUAAGAAGUCCUGUGUCAAUCCUUUGACUUCCACCUGAGCGAAGGACUUUUAUUUUUUAGAUACCUAACCAAGUUUUAUAGGCUGGGUGUUGGAAUAUAUGCUUAGAGUUCUCUUUUGCAGCAAGGAAAUACUUAUUGGAAGGAAAUACAGAUGCCAAGGCUCUCUUGCUGCAGAUUCUGUCUGGAAUGGGUCGAAAUGUGCAGCAGAUGGGCCUUCACCUGUGUGUUACUGCUGUGCUGCUCCUUUGUGAAGGACGAGGGAGAGAUUUCCCUGGCAGUCUGAGCUGCCUGAAUAACUAUGUGACUACUGUGAGCUGCACGUGGGCACCAGAGGAGCCUGUGGGUGAUGGACCUUUCCACCUGCAUUUCACAAACCUCUGGACUAAGGGCCAAAAUGCCAGCUGCCAGCUGACUGCUGGAGACAGCGUGCAGGAUCAGUACCGCUGCACAAUGCACUUAGCAAGACAGAUCUUGGAAACAGAUGGUUACAGAGUCUCUCUCCAAGGCAACUUCUAUGGAAGUAAUCACACAUACGUUACCUUUCCAGAGUACAGUCCCCGCCAGCACAUAAAACUUGAUCCACCUUUGAACAUCCAGAGCAACAUUACUGCCAGCAAGUGUUGGAUAUGGUGGACUGUCCCUUCCUACCUCGAUGAAAUCCUCCAGUACCAGUUGCAGUACAAGGAGUACAGCACAUCAUGGGAGGCUGCGCUGAACAAGACACCACCCAGUUCACUACCACAAAUAGAGAUUGAAGGCACAGAAUUUCGCAGUGGCAUCCCAUACAUUGCACGUGUUCGCUGCAAAGUUUCUGAAAUUGAGGAUUCAUACCACAGUCAGUGGAGUGACUGGAGCCAGACAACGGUAUUUCAAAGAGAAGGUGUAUCAGAACUGUCUGAAAAACUCUUUGAUACCAAAACAUUGCAGUUCUUGAUCAUUCCUCUGACUUUUGGCACCCUACUCUAUUUAUUUUGGAACUUAAAGCUUUCUUCAAGGGCAAAAGUCCUCUCCUGCCUUAAUAUUCCCACACCAGCUGCUUUCUUUCAGCCACUCUAUAAUUUGCAUCAUGGGAAUUUUAAGGACUGGGUUGGACCUAACGAGGCUUGUAACCCACUCAGAAGAGAAGAGGCAAGCAACUCAAACAAAGUGACUGCAGAUGAAGUUUCUGAGCUAAACAUCCAAGAACUGAUUUCCCAGAUUUCCUUGAAACCUAUGGAAAGCACAAAUUUGGCUGCUGCAGAAGAGAUAUUUGCCUCUGUCUCUGGUCCAAGCCAGCAGUAUGUCCCCAGCAAGUGUGUAAGAGAAGAGAUAGAAGUCAGGCCAGCAGUACCGAUAACCCAAAUCCAUGCUAAUGAUACCGUUGGCCUGAAAGUCUCUGAAAAAAUUAAAGCCAACCUUGAGAGCUCUAGCAUGGGAAGGAAUUAUCCCUCCCACCUACAGCCUGGAAAGAGUGACUGCCUUGUACUUCAGGAAUCUUUGGAGAUGGCAAGUGUGUCAUUCAGCAGUAGUGACUAUUGCACCUUGUGUGAUAGUGAUACCACUGAAGGUUUGAUUCCCGCUGAGCUAUUGAAGCUGUCUGAUGGUAGUGGUCUGCUCAAAUGUCAGAAUGACCUUCCCUGAGGAAUGUUGUCUACACAGAUCUCUGUGGUGCCCUCUCAUCUCCCAGUAUUGUCUUCAAAAAUGGCUUAAAUGGUGACCAUGCAGACAAUUACCAUCAUAUAAUUAGAUCCCUUUUUAGACCAAGAUUUUGGUCUGGCUUUAUGCAGUGUUUCCAGUUUCAAACAGAAUGAGAAGGAUGCUUCCUAAAACUGUCAAAUCGGCUGUAUCUUAAAUCUCUCAUAUGUACACAGCCCUUGCAUAUGAACGCAUCUGCAUGGGAAGUGAACCAGUUUCAUGAAGUCUUGUUUGCUUUAGGAAGGUAUUCCAAACUGGUUUUCCUAGCAAAAGUGUAAUGGAAACUAUUCUAUCCAGAUACAAACAUAAGGAGCAGUAGGUCAGGCCAUGGAAGGGAGAACAUAGAACUUAAGAUAGAGAAGCAAAUGCAAAUAGAGAGAUUGAAUGUGGUGGGAAAUGACAGAAAAUGAAAAGCCAAGGAAGAUGCUGCCUUUGUCCAUCAGGCACAAACAGGAGGACUAUGGGAAAUGAGUAUGGAGAUGACGAUGGGAUCAUGGUUAAAGGGCUGAAAUGAUAUUGCAUCAUCAGAUGAAACACUUAACAAUUUUGGCAGUUUCUGCUUUGAUGCAGCUACUUAAAAACAAAACAGACUGCAACAGCAACAAAAGGGGAAGUUCAGAGAGGAACCCAAUUUGCUGUUCUUUCACCUUUUUCAUUUUAUUAUUUUUUUAGUCGUGUUUGAGACUUUUAUUAGGUUCAAGUUGAGUUUUUUCACAGCUCCUCCCAGAAUCUCUGAACUGUUUCAAGUCCAGUUUUUCCAGGAAAGUGUGAUAUACAUCGUGCCAGUGGAAAACAGAGAAUUUUUGUUUAGUAAGGAAAUGUAACAUGGGCUCUGGUCAAGUUUUUCAUUUUCUGGGACUACUGAGAGCAUGUUACAUCUAUCACCCACACCAGAACGAAGCCACCAGUCUUUUUUCCUUUCUUCCCUGAGUGUUGAGUUUUGGCAGAUUAAACAGUGUGAGAAGGUACUUGGGUGAUGUUUGUAUGCCACAAAGGAACUGAAAAUAUUCCAUGAUAAAGGAUAUGUUUUAGUUUGUAGUUGUUUGUUUGUUUUUCCCUUACCUGCUAAGAUGAAUAAAGUAAAAGAUCUAACACUGUGAUUAUUUAGAAGUAAAUAAAGAAAUUAAUUCAAAAGCUGUUUUUUGGAAGUUGGUAUUUGAGAGCUUUGGAAACAGCUUUAAGUCCAAAAAUAAAAACAACCCCACAGUUAUGAAAAUAUUGACUAUACAAAUCAUUAGUAAAAGUUGACUUGAAAACAUCAUAGAAAAAGGAAAGAACUAAAUGCCAUCCUUAUUUUACACACCAAACUACUGAGCCAGUGCUGCAGCUACCGCCACCAAAAGAAAAAGUAAGUAUCCUUAGUAAAGAUAUAUUUUACAGCUAGUAAAGCCAAGAGGGACUUGCAUGGUGAGCUAUCCUAUGGUGCCUAGCAUGUGGCCAUGAGCUUGGUUCUGCUGGCUGUCCACCCAACAUAUCUCUGGUUCACAGUGUCACCUCUGCUUCAUUCGUGUUCACAGUGAUGAGUGUCAGAAACUGUAUCUCCAUCAGACAUUUUCCUGUGUAGUUAUCUGCAUACUCAUUUCAGGAAAAAGAGAUGAGAGAGGUCAGAUUGUACAUUACUCAACAGUAUAGGUAUCUAAAAGAGCAACAAGUGAGAUUAAGAUGUGACCUGUCAUGUACUCAGGAUGAAUUCUCUUCACAGUAUGAUUUCUGAUGCAUUAAACAACAAUGAAACUGUAGAACACUGGAGUCUGAUAGGCUGAAACAUGAAAAAAUGUUGAAGCUGCAGGGCAUAAGAUCACUGAUCUGCAAACUCUAACUAGAAGGAGCUGUGGAAGCAACCUUUUUUUCCUAUGUCAGCCAUUAGUCAAUGGCCAAAUAAAGCCAUAAAUCUUUUCCUGAUUAAGCAGAUGAGAUGAAAGUAAUUCCAGAGGCAAGAGAAACAGUUUGCUCUUUUUAUUCUACUUUUGUUAAAUCUGAUCAAUGUGUAAAGAAGAAACAGAGAAUGUUCAGCACACCGCAGUCUUACAGUUUGCCCAGAACACUGUCAAGUCUAGAUCCACAGCUCUGUCAUUUCAUCUUCCCUGUAUUGCUGUCCUCCUGUGAGUCACAA